AUGCCGACCCCGAGUGACACCCAACCGGCUUCGAUCGCCGAGGUGAUCUCCACCCGUACAUGUCCCCCGGAAGUUGAUCGAAUCUCGACCUGGGACCUUUCUUCAGAAAUCAUCGAAGCAACUCAUGCCUUGGAGGAAGAGGUGAUCUCACCAGCUAGUGUCAACCCGCCGUCCGUGCUGAGUCGCUCCGAUGAUGGGACCGCUCUCUUGGCGACCGACCCGGUGAGGGUGGAGAAGAAGAUGGCCGCAUCAGAUGAAGAGGCCGGACCUCCAAGAUCUACUUCCCCAACGGAUUCAUGCACUCACGUGGAGUCAUCUGUGACGCCGCCCAACUCGGCGCUACUCCGUUAUGAAUUUUCCAAUGUUAGGCUUUUACCAAAUCACUCGUCGUCCUAUCUUCGCUCAGGGAGUAGAUUUGUCGGUACGCAGCAGUCAGACCGCCAGGUAUACAAUGUUGACGUGGAAAUUAAGCACGUGGACAUGGCCGAGUCUUACUUGUGCGGUUACCUGCGUAUCCAAGGCCUCACAGAAGAUCACCCUACUCUCACUACAUUUUUUGAGGGCGAAAUAAUUGGCACCAAGCACACAUUUCAGACUCGUAAUGAAGAAUGGGGUGCCAAUGAAAAGACCGAUAUCCACCAUUGGUCCCGAUUUCCAGCUUGGAAACCGCUUGCGAAGCAGGCGAAGCGCACCGAUUUCACGUAUCGUAACUUUGCACAACGGGAGCAUGUUUUCAUGAGAUGGAAAGAGUAUUUCCUUGUUCCCGAUCACCGAGUGCGAACUAUAUCUGGUGCUAGCUUUGAGGGGUUCUACUACAUCUGUUUCAACCAGAUAGAAGGCUCCGUGAGCGGUGUCUACUUCCAUGCUAAGAGUGAACGGUUCCAACAGCUUGAGCUCAAACACGUGGAGGAUCGUGGAUGCGCGCCAGUAGUCGAGUUCCGCUAA